AUGGGAGAGGCCAUUACGGGCACCGUUGGGCCUAAUACCAUCAAAGGUACUGGCAUUGCCUUGAUUGUACUCACCUCGCUCGUUUUAGGCACUCGUUUUGCAGGUUCUAUUCGAAGUUUCAAGGAUCUCAAGGCCGAAGAUUACCUUCUGAUUGUUGCUUACAUAUUCUUCUUGGAACUGAGCAUUCUCUACGUCUACAUUUCGCCCGUCAUCUUUCGAAUAGCAGCAGUCGGUGCCGGAACGAUUCCCCCCUAUGCCACCAUUUUGGAAGAUGGACUCCAAUUACAGAUUGUCUUCUUUGUCACGACAUCUUCGUUGUGGCUCUGCUUGUGGAUGAUCAAGUUCUCGCUCUUGGCAAUGUAUAAACGCUUGUUGGUUGGAAAGAAAUAUCUCAUCGCCUGGUGGGUUAUUAUGGGAUUUUGUGUCCUGUUUCUUACCGGCUGCAUUAUCUCGUCAUGGUUGUCAUGCUCGAGCUUCCAUGCCUGGUUUACCUCAGGCCAAUGCAACACUCCACGCGACCAUCGGGCGGCCGUUAUCAGCUUGUACUUCGCAUAUGGAGUGGAUAUAGUCACUGACCUAGCAAUCAUGAUUCUCCCCAUACGCCUUAUCUGGAACCUGCAGAUGAAAACCCGCCAAAAGCUGAGCAUUGGCGGGCUAUUCUGCUUUGGCUGGGUCUGCAUCAUUAUUUCCACCAUCCGCGUUGUUAAGCUAGGAAAUACUGAAAACGGAGUCCCUGCUCCAUCAUGGCUAGCGUUAUGGGGAACUAUCGAGGCAUCAAUCGCUGUCAUGAUCGGUUGUUGCCCCGGCCUCUAUCGCGUCCUUAAAACUGCCAUCUCGCCCUCCAAGACAUCCUACCCGUAUGACUCGUACAACUUGCGGGCCCGUGGAGGCAGUGGUAUGCCAUCGCACCGCUCGGGUGCGUUUGGGAGAACGGAUAUUCCUUUGAAUAGCUUCAGGGGGAAGGAGGAGUCGUACCAGUCGGCGAGUGCAUACCGUUCUACCAGUCCAUCAAGCAGUCAGGAGAAAUUGGCGCAUCCGAGUGAUAGGCGGAAUAUAAUGGUUAAUUAUGGAGUUGCCGUCACGGUAGAGGAUCGGACGAGUGAUUAUGGCCAAACGGCACGUUUUGUGUAA